AUGAAGUUUAAAGAAGAGAGAGAGGGAGGAGAAUUAGCCAGCGUGAAAACCUACUCUCAGCAGCAGCCUCUCUCGCCACCUUAUCUUCUGGUUGCAACUUCUUCAGUUGACAUCUUCUUAUUGCGAUUGCGGGUGAACCUAAAGAAUUUCCCUGGUUCAACAGUACCUGCUACAUUUGGGAUCCUUUUCCACGUUGGGGUUUUGUUACAUUAUAUACUUUUCUGGUUGAAGUGUGGGUUGGAAAUAAGAGGUCACUUUUCCUAUCCAUUAUCAUCCUUCUUUCCUCCAAGAAUGGCGAAGAGGAAGGAGCGGAUUCAGAAUCCAGAGCCGUUCGAACCAUAUGGCGCUGACCAUGCAAAGACAAAGAAGCUUUCAAAAGCACCAAAGCGGUACCAGCAGGAAGAGAAGUUCAUUGCUCCUAACCUCAGCUCCAAGAUCAUGAAGGAGGCUCUGCUCCAGCAAAAGGAGGAACGUGAGGCAGAGCAUGACAAUGCUGCCACUUUCCUUGAAGAGAUUCCUAAUGCAGAUGAUGACGGCGAUGACAUCGAUGACUUUGUCGGCUUCUCUGAAACACAGAGCCAAUUCGAUGGAUAUGAAGAGGAAAUUAACGAGGAGGAUGAGAGACUAAUGGAAGCAUUCUUUCCAAAAGAGCCUGGACAGCAGAAAACACUUGCAGACCUCAUUGUCCAAAGAAUAAAAGAAAAGGAUGCAUCUGUUGCUUCAGAAAUGCGACCUGUACCAAAAUUGGAUAAAUCCAUAAUUGACAUAUACAAGGGGGUUGGGACUCACCUCAGCAAAUAUACGAUAGGAAAAAUACCCAAGGCAUUCAAACACAUCCCCUCUAUGCAACUUUGGGAGGAGGUCCUUUAUAUAACUGAACCUGAAAAUUGGUCUCCAAAUGCUCUUUAUCAAGCCACCAGGAUUUUUGCUUCUAAUUUUGGUGCAAAAAAGGCAGAACGCUUCUACAAGCUUGUGUUGCUUCCAAGAGUGAGAGAAGAUAUAAGGAAGAAUAAACGGCUGCAUUUUGCUUUAUACCAAACUCUGAAAAAGGCUUUGUACAAACCUGCUGCAUUCUUUAAGGGAAUACUGUUUCCGCUAUGUGAGUCACGCACAUGCACUCUUAGGGAAGCAGUCAUUGUUGGAAGCAUUAUAGAAAAGGUUUCUAUUCCUCCACUUCAUUCAAGUGUUGCUCUAUUGAAGCUUUCUGGAAUGGAAUAUUGUGGCACCACAAGCUAUUUCAUAAAGCUUCUUCUGGAGAAAAAAUAUGCUUUGCCAUAUCGUGUGGUCGAUGCAGUUGUUGCUCAUUUUAUGAGAUUUCUCAAUGAAACCAGAAUAAUGCCUGUUAUAUGGCACCAGUCAUUUCUUGCUUUUGUCCAGAGGUACAAGAAUGAGCUGCAGAAGGAAGAUAAGGAUAGGUUAAGGAAUCUGCUGGAAAAGCAAACGCAUAAAUUAGUUACACCUGAAAUUAGUAGAGAGAUAGAUCACAGCCGCAACCGAGGUGAGCUUAAGGAUAAACAGAAAUUCAGAAAGGAUAUACUGCUUCCAGUAUUUGUGAUAAAGACUAUUGAGGAGGAUAGAUUUGACAUUCCAGAUGUACCAAUGGAGGAGGACUAA